AUUUUUUUUUUUAAAUUUCGUCCCCUUGAUUUUCCCCUAUCCCAAUUUUCAUUCAAUGUAUAUUUCUUUAUAUAUAUAUAUAAUAUAAUUCAUAACAAGCAAAAGGUUAAAUAUAAGGCAGUUUCUGGUUUACGAGGAUAGAGAGGUAUUUCACUCUAUGCGCUUUUAGUUCCUUUGGAAUGUUUCUAGAAAACUAGACUGGCAGUUUCUUUGAGUUUCUUUGUUUAAUAAAUGUAAGACAGGUUUAAAAGAGAGAUGUUUUGUCAUGCAAAGGAACCAACAGGAAAGAUGAAGUGAGAGUUGAUUCCUUGGAGAGUUUGUUGGGUUUUCCAAUCAAAUUCUUAUCCCUUGGCUUUGUAUAUGCUUUAUUCUUUCCCACCCACACUUGCUUUCUCUUUCAUAUGUUCAUAAGAUCAUGUAAUCCAUCAGACAUAACACAAAAUCUGCAUUCCAUUUGACUUGAAAUCAAGAUAAUGGCAGAGUCCAGCUCUCUGGAGUAUAAGCCAACAUGGAUGGUUGCAGCUGUCUGUUUCGUCAUUAUUCUUAUCUCUCUUUUGGCUGAACGAGGCCUUAAUCACCUUGGAAAGUGCCUGAAGCGUAACAAUCAAGAUGCACUGUUUGAAGCUUUACAAAAACUAAAAGCAGAAUUGAUGCUAUUAGGAUUCAUUUCCCUUCUAUUAAACGUCUUUCAAGGUCUAAUAAGUCAAAUCUGCAUUCCAACCCACUUGGAAUCCAGUAUGCUUCCAUGCAAGAAGCCUACUGAAAGUAAAAGUAGUCAUGAAAAGUAUUCACCUCAAGACAUAAAUAAUAGACGUCACCUGUUUUCUGCAGAUAGUAGUUCAGAUUAUUGUUCACAUCAGGGGAAGGUCCCAUUAUUAUCAACGGAAGAAUUUCAUCAGCUACACAUUUUAAUCUUUGUAGUGGCCGUUGUUCAUGUGGUAUCCUGUGCCAUUAUAUUGGUUCUUGGAGAAGCAAGGAUACGCCAAUGGAAACCUUGGGAAGAUACUAUCUCUAAUGUGGAAAAGGGUACAGCCAAGGACACUCAUAGACAUCAUAUCCUAGUGUUACUCAAAAAACAUGCCUGGGGAUAUUGGAGAAAGGCAGCUGUUGUGAGCUGGACAAUUUCAUUUGUCAAACAGUUCUAUAACUCUGUUACCCAGUCAGAGUACAUAGCACUUCGAGAAGGAUUUAUCAUUAAACAUUGCCAAGCCUAUAGUCAAUUUGAUUUUCACAAGCACAUGAUGCUGUCACUUGAAAGGGACUUCAGACAUGUUGCUGGCAUAAGCUGGUACCAGUGGCUAUUUGUGGUAGUGUUUUUGACAUUGAAUGUGGAAGGUCAGUUUUCCUUUAGUCUGAAUGAAUCUACUUUAUUUGUCAUUACAUUUCACAAUAAUGAUAUUAAGUACUUCAUAUUUCCAAGCAGGAUGGCAUACGUAUUUUUGGUUAUCAUUUCUACCUUUAGUUUUUUACAGCUUCUACUUCUUGUUGGAGCCAAGUUAGCGCACAUAAUCAUCCGCUUAGCUCAGGAUGUUGAUGAAAUGAAGAAGUCCCAGGGGCAGUUAGCAGUGAAACCUUCUGAUGAAUACUUCUGGUUUAAUCGUCCUCGCCUAGUUCUUGACUUUAUUCACUUUAUUCUAUUUCAGAAUGCCUUUGAGAUUGCAUUCUUCUUCUGGAUCUUGUGGACUUAUGGUUUGCAUUCAUGCAUCAUGGAAAGAACAGGCUAUAACAUCCCUAGACUUAUAAUGGGUGUGAUCGUUCAAGUUCUAUGCAGUUACAUCACCUUGCCCUUGUAUGCUCUUGUCACACAGAUGGGAACAACUUAUGAGCCGGUGCAAGUGACAGUUCACUCACCUGUGAUAAUUUAAAUGAAGAAACAGAAAGGUGAAUCCAGAAAGAGGGGCUCAUCUGGUGCAAGAGUGACGCAGAUAAAAAACCUGGCGAAACAGGUUGGAGAGCAAGAAAUUAUCAGUAUUUUAAGUAACCACAAAAUCAAAAACUGAGCUGUCUUGUGCAAACCAAAUGCAUACACCUUCACCUUAAGUUUUUCCUUUGAAGUCUUUUUUGAGCUAUUCAAUUUGGCCCUCAGUAGCUGAGUUCCAUGCUUGUAAAUGUUAGUUUUAUUCCUCUUCAACUUAAUUGGUGGCCAACACUUAACUGUUUAUCUACCUGCUGACCUUACAAGUAUAAUGGAAAAUAUAAGUUCACCAUUGACAAUGGAUUACCAUAAAAAAAAAAAUUCUAAGUAAUUUCUUCUCUUCACUUAGCUGAUUAACUGCUUAAUUGGUGGCCAACACUUAAGGUUUAUCUACCUGCUGCCCUUACAAAUAUAAUGGAAAAUAUAAGUUCACCAUUAACAAUGGAUUACCAUAAAAAAAUUUUUCCAAGGAAUUUCUUCUCUUCACUUAGCUGAUUAAGUUUGUUAAGUUUAGGGAUUUUCUCUUCCUUAUCUAUUAGCAAGAUUUCAAGUUUAAAAUGUGUAUAAAUUAGAUCUGAUAAUUUUAAAUAUGAUACGGUGAUUUAAUUAAAACAAUCAAAAUAAUGUGAUUUAAAUUUAAGUAAAAAUUAUAUUUAGAUUUGACAAAAAUAAAAAAACGUAUUUCAUAUUUGACAUUUUGACACAAAUUAUUAUAUGAAAAUUUUCAUAUUUUACAUAUAUUUGACUCGAAUACAUGAAUAGCUAAGUAUAAACUAUCAUUGGCCCACAUGAAUAGCUAAGUAUAAACUAUCAUUGGCCCUGCAACGACUCUCAUAUCGCCGUAUUGCACUAAACUGUUCUUAGGUACAAUAUACACUAAGAUACUAACACUAGACAUCAAUAGUGGAAAACAGGAUUAGGUUGAGAUAUAUUCUAUUUUACAUGCUAUUAGAGAAUGAGCAAUAACUCGUGUAACAAGCAGGAGGAAUAAUCUUGUAGUGAAGGACUCAAAUUCAGCAAAAGGGGAAAGGAAAGGAGAAUAAAAGUUUCCCAGUCAUAUUUUUCUUUAAGACGUGUUGCUUGACCUUAUAAUUAAAUUAUAGAUUGAGGCAUCAGCGGUUGCUUCCUUCUCAUCUGUUUCGGUACUUGCUGAUGGUAUAAUCCCUUCUUUGUAUAAUUUGCGUUCGUACAUUUUGCCAAUUGAUGAUGGUGCCGUAAUUCCUUUUUCUUCUUUCGGGUCGUCUUGUCAUUCUAAAUCACUAUCCAACAUGCUUAUAUAUAGCUUGGUCGUGCUUUGAAGGAUUGUAAGGAUAAAACAAACGAAGUAGAAAUCAUAAAUGUAUAUAAAUCACAAGUGAUUUCUGAUCAUACAAGACAAGACACCAAUAAUACAGCUAACUCCAACCAUGGUGGAAAAACCAAAACAAACACACAAAAAACAAAGAAAAAUUCUUACACAAGUAUAAUGGAAUGAAACAAAUGGCUAAAAGCCUCUUAUGUAUUCACUCAGUGAUACAAGAAUAAUGUUUAAAGGAACACGACCACACCAAAGCAAAGGCACAUAGCCCAAACUCUGUGUCAGGGAGCAUGGA